AUGGCGGACAGUGAAAGUCCAAAGCCUACAGAGCCUCGUCUUUCAGCAAGCCUCAUUCUGGUCAACAGUCGAAACGAAAUACUACUUGUUCAGCGCAACCCACAGGCCAGGUCAUUCGCUGGCCAACACGUUUUUCCUGGUGGAAAUUUUGAAGCUAAGCAGGAUACGUCCCUAGAAUGGACUGCUAUCAGAGAAACCUUUGAAGAGGCGGGAUUGCUGCUGGCUUUGUCGGAUACUCCAAGCACAUUACUCGAUAUCGACUUCACUCAGGCUAGAAAAGCCGUCCAUGGAGGACAAACGACAUUCUCGACGUUUCUUACAAACAACAACCUAAGAGCCGACGUAGGCGCUCUGAUGCCGUUUACUACAUGGGUGACACCACCGUCAUCAGCUAGCAGACGAUUCCGCACGGAGUUCUUUGUCGCGUUCCUCAAGGAUUCUGCGUCGGGUGGGCUGUAUUCCGGUAGAGAAGAACACCUUCCGACUCCUGAUGGGGGACAAGAAGUCAUCCGAACGCGAUUUUUGCGUCCAGAAUCGGCUAUAGAAGAGUUCAGAACUGGGAAAAUCGGCUUUUUCCCACCGCAGUACUACAUUCUGGAAACGCUUCGCCCCAUCCUUACUGGAUCGUCCAGCACAGAGAGCCAGAUAAAUGCAGUUCAGAUGUUAUCUAGAGCUGCAUUCGGGCGGAUGGUGAUCAAUCCAAAGUGGUUCCGUAUUAACGAUGGAGUAGAUGAAGCUUUCAUCUACGAAGGCGAUGAAUUGAGAGGUGGUCCCAAGGGUCGGCUGCACCGCAUGGUGGUAGAACGGAAAGGCGCGGUACGGCAUCGUAUUCCUCGUGUUUCUGAUGGGCUUGCGUUGGUCUAA